AUGAAAAAUUGUCAACAUCACCUUCAAGCAAUAUCUACAUACUUUUCUUUAUAUACUCUUAUCUUAUGCAAACCUUUUAGAAUAAAAUCAGUGCAUUUGACCUACUCCUCAAUAACUUAACAAUGGCUACCCUUAAAUUUAUGUGCUUCCUUUCAAUCAAUUUCUGCUUGAAUGUGAUGAUCACCGGGCAAGCUGGACGAAUAAUUCCACCGGGAGCGAUCGUCGGUGCUUAUUACCCUUCAUGGUCUGAAUCUUCUUUCCCACCCUCUUCCAUAGACACAACUUUCUUCACUCACAUUUACUAUGCUUUUCUCGUACCUAAUAAUGUCACGUUCGAAUUUGAAAUACCCAAGUCAACAGCGGGGGCGUUGCUCGAUUUCACUACCACGCUCCGCCAUAAAAAUCCGCCGGUGAAAACGCUCGUAUCUAUUGCUGGUGGAGGUGCUGAUCCUCGACUUUUUGCCAGGAUGGCAUCGGGAGAAAAGUCACGUACAACUUUUAUAAAUUCAGCAAUUGAAGUAGCAAGAAAAUUCGGGUUUGAUGGGCUGGACCUGGACUGGGAGUUUCCUCAAAAUCCAAAAGAGAUGCAAGAUUUGGGCUUAUUGUUCGAAGAAUGGAGAGUUGCUAUCCAGAAUGAGGCCAAGUACACAAAACAGCCUCCGCUGCUGCUCACGGCUGCCGUAUAUUUUUCAGUGGAGUUUUUAUGGUCCAACGUCUACCGGAAGUUUCCGGUUGAAUCAAUGAAGAAUAGUUUGGACUUGAUCAAUGUAAUGUGUUAUGAUUAUCGAGGUUUAUGGGACACUUCAGUAACGGGGGCCCAUGCAGCUUUGUAUGAUUCCAACAGUAACAUAAGCACAAGUUAUGGGCUUGAGUCAUGGGUUAGGGCGGGGAUGCCUCGGCACAUGAUCGUUAUGGGUCUACCGCUUUACGGGAGGACUUGGAAGCUGAAAGACCCAAAUGUAAGCGGGAUUCGAGCCCCGGCGGUCAGUGUCGGUCCCGGAAACGGUGUGCUCACAUUUUCACAGGUGGAGAAGUUCAAUAAGGAGAACAAUGCAACAGUGGUGUAUGAUGUGGAAACUGUAUCCACAUAUUCAUAUUCUGGGUUGUCAUGGAUUGGGUAUGAUGAUACCUUGUCAACCUCAGCCAAAAUAAGAUUUGCUAAGGCCCAUGGACUUCGUGGAUAUUUCUUUUGGGCCCUUAGUUUUGAUAAUGAAUGGAAAAUCUCAAGACAAGCUGUAAAAGCAUGGGCUAUUGGCAAGUGAUGACAGUGUUGAAAAGUUCAUUUGGAGAUUGGGAGAUUUUCUCAUGAGAGCUGAUUGGAGAUGAUGGUGAUGCAAUGAAAACUCUUAUUUCAUGUGUCUUAAGAAUACUUCAUCAGUAUCAAUGAAUGAUUCUCAAAUUCAAUAGACUAGAAAAUAAGAUGCCAUGUCUAAACAAUUAGAUAACUUAGAUUGUAAUUUUAUGAAGAAAAAUUUGAUAGUUUAUUAUGAUGUUAGAUUUCUA